AUGGAGGAUCAUAAAGAUCGAUGGAGACAGAAGUGUCAAGAAAAUGAAAAUAUGUCAUCAGAUAUGUUUGAGAGGUUGAUGAGAGAAAUAAGAGAAGAAGAAGGGUCUUUUGUAAGUAAGAAAGGUGAACCAGUUGAUCAAAGAUUGUAUUGGGGUAUUCACUUGAAAAAGCAAAUCACAAAGUUGAAGAAAGAAAAAAUAGUUUUAGGGGAAGAGUUGAAAAAGGUAAUGGAAGAAGAUAAUUUGUUUUGGCAAAGAAGAAAAGAUGAUUAG